AUGAAGUGCUCUGCGUUCGCAAUUGUCAUCCUUUGUUCCCUGAGUGGAUUAUCAAAGGCUGAGCAACCAUAUAAUGUGAAAAAUGAAGCCUCCGAAUGUUUAAAGGGCUUGAGGGAGACCCUCUAUGAAUGUGAUUUUAAACUCGUUGGGCGACAACGUCUACUUAAUGGCACCUUUUCAAUUAACGAUGACAUAGCCAGCGAUCACUAUACAUUUCAAGUAGAUCUAUUCUCCUCACCACUGGGCGAUGGCCAGUACAAGCUGUUGCCAAUGGGUGUACCGCGCCUCGGCGUUUGCGAGGGUAUGAGAGAUUUGUACACCAAAGUGGUACAGCCGUCGUUAAUCGAGGGGGAAAAUACCAAUUUCCCAUUUAUUCCUGAGGAAGGUCUUUGUCCCAUACCGAAAGGUAAAUACUUCAUAAAGAAUAUGAAGUUCGAUACGGAUUCUUGGCCAAAUCAAAUACCGCGUGGCCUUUUAAAAGCAGUGUUAACCAUUUUCAAGGACGGGGUAGACGUCGGAAGGGGUGCUUUGUAUAUGCGUGUCGUAGAUCGUGAAUAA